CAUUUUUUGUCCCUGGUUUUUGGAUGAGAUGCAGUCCCUGAAUGAAUCUCAUAUUCCCAACGGCCUCCUAGAAAGACUGGUGACAAAUGCAAGAGAAUUCCCUCCAGUCUGUGCCAUCAUAGGGGGAAUUCUUGGGCAGGAGGUUAUUAAAGCUAUAUCAGGCAAAGGAGAUCCGCUGAAGAACUUCUUCUGCUUUGAUGCUACGGAUGGAAAAGGCAUAAUAGAGGACAUAUCGAGCUGCAACACUGGAAGCUGAACGCAAUGGGGAGAUUUACAUAUGCCGUUAAGGAAAUUAAAGGAUAUUGGUGACAUUCCUAGGAGAAACUGACCCCAAUUUCUGGAUUUGACUUGUACUUUGAGCUUGAGAAAUUCGACAGUUUUAAUCUCGUCCCAACUCUGCAGCUUUAGAGUGUGGCGCUAACAGAAACAUGGAAAACACAUGAUUCUUAGAAUGUUUAAUGGUCGUGCUUUGAAGACAAGUGUGGGUUAAUGCCUUUCUUUUGUGUUUGUUAUUGGGUAUCAGACUUUC